AUUCGCCGGUGCUGCGGCGGGGCGGGGCGGGCGGGCUCCGCGCCGGCUUCCUCCGCCCGCGGGGAAAGGCGGGAGGCGGGGCCGGCCUCGCUCGGCGUCCCCGGGAUGAAACAGCCGCCUCGGCCCCGCGGCGGCCCUUUAAAUAGCUGCCGCCGCUGCUGCUCUGCUCGUAGCGGAACGUCGCCCUGAGCUCGCCGAGCAUCCCCGCUGCAGCCUCCAGCUCCAUCCGCGGCGGUGGGGCAGGACCGCGCUCGCCCGCAAGCAAUCAUGUUUGACAUUAAGAAGAUUUGCUGCAUUGGUGCUGGCUAUGUUGGUGGCCCAACCUGUAGUGUGAUCGCACAGAUGUGCCCCAAUAUCAAAGUUACUGUUGUGGAUGUCAAUGAGGCCAGAAUCAACGCCUGGAAUUCGGAUACGCUCCCAAUCUAUGAGCCAGGGUUAAAAGAAGUGGUAGAAUCCUGUCGAGGAAGAAACCUCUUCUUUUCCACCAGCAUUGAUGAUGCCAUUAGAGAAGCUGAUCUUGUGUUUAUUUCUGUUAACACUCCGACAAAGACCUAUGGGAUGGGAAAGGGCCGAGCAGCUGAUCUGAAAUACAUUGAAGCUUGUGCUAGACGAAUUGUACAAAAUUCAAAUGGAUAUAAAAUUGUCACUGAGAAAAGCACAGUUCCAGUACGUGCUGCGGAGAGCAUUCGUCGAAUAUUUGAUGCUAAUACUAAGCCUAACUUAGAUUUGCAGGUGCUGUCUAACCCAGAGUUCCUUGCAGAAGGAACAGCCAUCAAGGACCUGAAGAACCCAGAUAGAGUGCUUAUUGGUGGAGAUGAUUCUCCAGAGGGACAGAAAGCUGUCCGUGCUCUUUGUGCUGUUUAUGAGCACUGGGUGCCCAAAGAAAAAAUCAUCACAACCAAUACAUGGUCAUCAGAGCUUUCUAAACUGGCAGCUAAUGCUUUCCUCGCCCAAAGAAUCAGCAGCAUUAACUCAAUCAGCGCUCUGUGUGAAGCAACAGGAGCAGAUGUUGAAGAAGUAGCGAGAGCUAUUGGAACAGACCAAAGAAUUGGAAAUAAGUUUCUCAAAGCCAGUGUUGGGUUUGGAGGUAGCUGUUUUCAGAAGGAUGUCUUGAAUUUAGUGUACCUCUGUGAGGCACUGAACUUACCUGAAGUAGCCCGCUACUGGCAACAGGUAAUAGACAUGAAUGAUUAUCAGAGAAGAAGAUUUGCUUCCCGCAUUAUUGACAGCUUGUUCAAUACUGUCGCUGAUAAGAAGAUUGCUAUUUUAGGGUUUGCAUUCAAAAAGGAUACUGGGGACACAAGGGAGUCAUCCAGUAUCUAUAUUAGCAAGUAUUUAAUGGACGAAGGAGCAAAGCUCCAUAUCUAUGAUCCUAAAGUACCUAAGGAACAAAUCAUCUUAGAUCUCUCACAUCUGGGUGUCUCAGAAGAUAACCAAGUGUCUCGGUUGGUCACUAUCAGUAAAGAUCCCUAUGAAGCCUGUGAUGGAGCUCAUGCCCUUGUAAUUUGCACUGAAUGGGACAUGUUUAAGGAGUUGGAUUAUGAACGUAUUCAUAAGAAGAUGCUGAAGCCUGCAUUUAUCUUUGAUGGUAGGAGACUUCUAGAUGAUCUUCACAAUGAGCUGCAAGUCAUUGGCUUCCAGAUUGAAACAAUUGGGAAGAAGGUGUCAGCCAAAAGAAUUCCUUUUGCCUCAUCUUGUGAAAUUCCUAAGUUCAGCCUGCAGGACACACCUGUCAAAAAGCCCAGAGUAUAAUGUUUGAUAGGUGCUGAAGGAAUUCUGUGGACCUUCUUAGUCAUACUAACUGUAAGCCUAUGCUUUUUUUAAGGAAAGAUAUUUUCAUAAACUAAACCAAUUUUACACUAGAAAUGGUACCUGGUACAUGUGAAUUCAGCCUAAUUUCAAAUCUCUAUUUUUAUAGCUUUUUUUUUUUUUGUUACUGAAGAUGGUACAGAUCUGUUUUUAAUAAUGAAUCAUCUUUUAAACGGAAAAGUCACCUUCCAACUGCAGAUUUCUGCUUCCAGAAGUGUUCCUAAACUGCACUUUAAAUGUUUCAAAUUAUAUGAAAGCAAAAGAAACAGUAUCUUUUUACUUUACUCUGGUUAUGGACAGUGAUCAGGAACUUUGAUCUCACCAAUUUUUCAUUUUCUUUUGGGGUAUUUCUUUACCCAGUUAAAUGCUUGCUCUUAACUGGCAUUGAAGUAAAAAGAGAAGUGCUAAAUGAAUUUGGCAGGAUUUGGGUUGAGCCCUAAAAUAGAGCUGACUGCAACAAUAAUACCCCUAUCCAGGUUGGGAUCAGUUGGCACUGAUGCGGUCUAAACUGCAUCUGUUGGGAGGCCAGGUAGUUCCACAGGUGUCUAUCGUGUAAUUAAUGGCAGUGGACUGGCAGCUAUAAGCUGAUCCACUGGCAGAUCUUCACUUUUGAUUCUCUAGUUGUCUUGCCUACAUUCCAUGUGCAGCUACGUGAAUUAUUGAUGUAAUCAGAUUCCUGGGGCAAGUCUUUCCUAAGUUACAGCAAUACAACCCAUCUUCAGCAGAGGAGCAUUCUGCUUGUUUGAACACUGAGUUUAAGCGGAAUUCCCUAAUUUGGUGCUUUCAGUCUGAGCAGAAAGCAAAUAUUGGCUUUGAAGCUACCUGAUGGUUCUUUUUCCUUCCUUUCUGCUUACAUACUUCAUCUGAAAGCAGCUUUCUUAAUGAAUCUGCAAAAACUAUUCUCUGCUGUUAAAUUAUGAAAAAUAAAAGUUCAGCCCCAUAAAUUAGCCAGCUUGCUACCUCAUUUAAUUAGCAGGAAUGAAUACUUCCUAUAUUAUCUUGAUUUUUAUUUUUAUUUUUGCCUUUACUUAUUACUUUAUUUCUACUUGUUUUUAUUAGUCUCAAUUGGCCAGUGCUAUUAAAAUCCUUGAGAUGACAGAGUUUGUGUUUGGCUUGUUGCAUGGGGUUGUGAAAUGGAGGGGAGGAUUGAGGAGGAUGACCAUGAAGAGGUUUCAGACUAGAAAGCAUAGAUGUCUUAGCUGAAUAAUCAUAGCGUUGAGAUGUUGGAGAAUUAUCCUGUAACUAGUCACAUAAUACCUUCUGAAUUUAUUCAACAGGUGUGCCUUCAGGUAUGCUGUGUCAAUGGUUAAACAAAGCAUAAGAUCAGUGUCAUCUUGGUGAUGGGUGCUAUUAUCAAACUAUUUACCCACAGAAAUGUAGCUACAAUUUAAGCUUUAGGACGGAUACUUGAAGAUUUAAGGAGCUUUGUAUUAUCUACUGAAAUAGUUACACAGAACAGUGUUAUCUGAGUGAAAUAGCUGUAUCUUUGAACCAGGUGCUUUCAGGUUCUGCAUGUUAAUGGCUUCCACAUAGGGACUUACUAUGCAGUGAUCACUCAGCACUUUGGGAAAAUAUGCCUCAGGCUUUUUGCCCCAUCAUAAGAUUCUUCUGUGAGGAGCACAUCAGAAGCCACUCCAAGUGAGUGGGAAUUAGAGGGGCUUAAAAUCAAACUGUCAUCUUUCAUCAUGCAUCUCUUCCUGAUUCAUAAGCUGCUUUCAUACAACAUCCACUGAGCAGGGACAACCCUGUGAUACAGUUGUAGUAGUUGUAAGCAUUGCAAUCCAACUGGUAGAUCACCCUGUCCUUGCAGGUGGGCAUCCUCCUGACUACCUCUGCCCCUGUAGCACCUGAGAGGGCAGGCUGGUCACCUGUUCUUGGGGUACUGACAGGCUGUGCUCAAAGGAUUUCUCCUGAAUUGUGUUCAGUGUAGCACAGCACUGCUUCAGGGCUCAUAUUAAGAGGGAGGGUGAGUAGAGGCUUCAGAAAAUUGGGAUGCGUUUCAGAAACUUGCACGUACCUGCAAUAGUGGUGCCUCUGAAUGGGAGCUGUUCUCAUGGGUUUGAAGUAGACGAAUGAACUGUUAAGCUCUUGUGUGAAGCAUUGCUCCUGUUAGGAAUGUGCAAGGCUGGUCAGUUUUCCUGAGGCAUCAGGAGAUGGAGGAGCUAGGUGCUAUACCACUAUUCCUGCUCUGUUUCUCCUGCAGACUUAGUCAAAGCCUGGAUAGUAACUUGUGGCUUAAGUCAUAAAGAUGAUAAAGACUGGGCAAGUUCACUCUAGUGGGAUCACUCUAACUCCCCUUUCUUAGGAAACGGGGAGCAGCAGAUCCUUUCUGAAGGGCAGCAAGGGGUAAAACUGGUACUGGCGCUUCCCUUGCUUUCUCAGAGUCAGCUUGUUUAGUUUCUUGGUGACUGCAUUCUUUCAGUUGACCACUGGGAUUGUGGAAUGAACCCGGUCUGAACAGCUGAACAGUGGAGCAUGCCUUUGGGAUGCAGCAAUACUUACCUUGCAUAGAUGCAAGAGAACCUUACCACAGGCUGAAAGAGUGAGCUCCAGAAGCUUUUGCAGCACUGUGAAUCAUAAGUCAUCAUCUUCAGAGUGCAGUUGCCAGGGAAAUAAGAAUUGGAGAUGACUUCUAUGCCUGCUUUGAAGUCUUAAGUAGUGCAUAUAGAGAUGGGGUUUAAUGCUAUUGAGUCUUUGUCCAUAGGAUCUUACAGCAGGUAAUUCUUGAUGAGAAUUGUGUAACGUGAGUAAUGGACUCCUGUGCUCUGAAAUUAUUUUUUAUGGGGUUCUUAAAAUGCAAUCCCACAGCAACGCUGCUUUUCACUGCAAAAAUGGGAAUACAAAGCAAAUCCAGCUUUAAUACAAGCCUGUGAAGAGGCUUGUAUUAAAUACAGACUGCAUUAAGUCUUACUAAAGUCUUACCAAAUGGACUAAAUGCCAGGCAAGAUGCACUAUUUUACUUGUGUGUGUGCUCAGCCCUCCGUGCAGGUAAAACUAGUCUGGGGCCAGGCAUAUGUUGCCAAGAAUAUUGCUAGUGAAUAGAAGAAACGCAUUUUUGACCAAGACUAGUUAGUAUAGGAGUGGCCAGUGGUGAGAUUUUGUACUGGCCAACAAAUUUACACUUCUCUCUGUCAGCUGAAGUUCUUGUAGUGCUAUAGUCUUGCUCAACAGGUGAAGUUUGAAAUGAAUAGUAAAACAAUGCAGGGAAGUGUAAUAGGUUAUCUGGCUGACUUAGGAAUACUAGACUUGGCUCUCAUUACUUGCUCUUUCGAUUACAAGCUGAGAAUUUCCAUUACAAGCUGUACAUCUGCAACAGGUUGCCACAUGUUGUAGUAAGGCAUAAGUACUUGACAUCUUUUUAAAUGAAGGGGACACCAAUAUUACUUAUCAAGCAGGAGAAAAAUUAAAACUAUUCUUAAAUGAACCCUGGCUUUGUUGAUUUAACCUGGAGACUUGAAGCCACUGGAAGAUGCAGCAGUUCUUUAUUUGCAUAACAUUUAAUUAAGCUUCAGAUAGUGUAGAAGAUUGAUGCAGUGAUGCUAAAAAAGGCUGUUCCUUCUUUUUAAAGUGUCUGUGUCAAAUUGAAAUCAUAUUCCCAAAACUCAGUUUGAUGUUUUUCUGAUUGCAAGGAAGAUUAAUGUUUCUUAAAAUAUUUUAUGGCUGCUUUGUUAAACAAACUGACAGAAUGAUGUGAUUGACAUUUUCUUUUUGUGUGUCACUAAACAUGAAACUUAAUCAGAAACAAAAUUGAGAUAGAUAGUCAUGAAACCUGUGCUGAAUUUAUAACCAGGAGUUCUGUGAGACUUUGGUGCUUUAACAUGUAGUUACGGAAAAACUGAAGGGGCAAUAGCAAAGGAAGAUGGUUGCAAAAGCAGGAUUUCUUAACUAGGAGAAGAACUUCAGGGCUUGUCCUCAAAUGCUCUUAUAAACAAAGCACCCCUCUAGUUUAUGAAGUCAAAAUGUAACUGCUUUCCUUAGACUAUAGCAAAACAUGCAGUUAGAAAAUAGCUUAUGUAGCUUCUGAAACUUGGUACCAGCUGGCAGACGGUUGUGUAUAAGCCUAAGAUCAUCUUCCGAACCACCCUGCAGCAAUGCAUAAGAAUUCUAACAUGAAGUAACACUGGACUGUGUUUCCAGAAGCAUUGUUUCUCUCACUGUAAAGAAAUCAUGGAUAAUUACUGUGUUACAUCCGCUUGUUCCAGUUUGGUAAUAGCUGUAUGGCUCAGAACUCCUUUUUUCUGUGUUUCUGGUGUUGAUAUGCUGAAAGAGCAGUAACAUGGCAAAAGCUACACUAAUACUCUGUUAAAUCUGCUCUGUAAGCAAGCCAAAACAAGCAUUUAUAGUAGGACCUGUAAUAAAGGCUGGCAGAUGUUAAACA